AUGAAUCGCCCUAGCAACAACACGCAGGCCGUCAAAUUGACUGGCGAAGAGGUGGCCAAGCACAACAACGCCGACUCAUGCUGGGUCAUCGUCCAUGGACGCGCCUACGACGUUACCGAAUUCCUCCCCGAACAUCCUGGAGGUCCCAAGAUCAUCCUCAAGUAUGCUGGAAAGGAUGCCACGGAAGAGUACGAACCCAUCCAUCCCCCAGACACUCUUGACAAGUUCCUGGACAAGAGCAAGCACCUGGGCGAGGUCGACAUGAACACUGUCCAACAGGAAACAAAAGAGGAGGAUCCUGAUGAAGCUGAAAGACAAGAGAGGAUCAAGCGUAUGCCAAUCCUUGAGCAGUGCUACAACCUGAUGGACUUUGAAGCUGUCGCCAAGAGAGUCAUGAAGAAGACGGCCUGGGCAUACUACUCCAGCGGUGCUGACGACGAGAUCACGAUGCGUGAAAACCACAGCGCAUUCCACAAGAUCUGGUUCCGACCCAAGAUCCUCGUCGAUGUCGAGAAGGUCGACAUGUCUACAACCAUGCUGGGUACCAAAGUCAGCAUGCCUUUCUACGUCACUGCCACUGCUCUGGGCAAGCUUGGAAACCCCGAAGGCGAGGUAGUCUUGACCCGCGGUGCAAAGAAGCACAAUGUUAUACAGAUGAUUCCUACUUUGGCCUCUUGCUCUUUCGAUGAGAUCAUGGACGCUGCUGAGGGUGAUCAGGUGCAAUGGCUGCAACUUUACGUCAACAAGAACAGAGACAUCACGAAACGCAUCAUCGAACACGCCGAGAAGCGCGGCUGCAAGGGCCUCUUCAUCACCGUCGACGCACCCCAACUAGGACGUCGCGAGAAGGAUAUGCGUUCCAAGUUCUCAGACGUCGGUAGCAAUGUUCAAAACACCGGUGGUGACAACGUCGACCGCAGCCAAGGUGCCGCAAGAGCCAUUUCCUCCUUCAUUGAUCCCUCCCUGUCCUGGAAGGAUAUCCCCUGGUUCAAGAGUGUCACCAAGAUGCCCAUCCUACUGAAGGGUGUUCAAAGAGUCGAGGAUGUCAUCAGAGCCGUUGCUGCAGGCGUCGACGGUGUCGUUCUGUCCAACCACGGAGGUCGCCAACUUGACACCUCCAGAUCUGGUAUCGAGAUUCUCGCCGAGACCAUGCCUGAACUGCGUCGUCUGGGUCUCGAGGACAAGAUUGAGGUUUACAUCGAUGGCGGAAUUCGUCGUGCCACAGAUAUCCUCAAGGCUUUGUGUCUGGGUGCAAAGGGUGUUGGCAUCGGUCGUCCUUUCCUGUACGCCAUGUCUGCAUACGGUCUGCCUGGUGUCGACCGUGCGAUGCAACUUCUCAAGGAUGAGAUGGAAAUGAAUAUGCGCUUGAUUGGUUGCAACAGCGUUGACCAGUUGACUCCUGAACUUUUGGAUGUCAGAAGUUUGCACACUCAUACUGCAGCAGUGGCACCGGAUACUCUCAGUAUCGCUGCAUAUGAUCCUCUGGCGGGUCCCAAGGAGAGACUGGCUAAGCUUUGA